UAGAGUAAACUAGGAUGGAUAACUGUAGCAGAUUAGCUGCUGGGGAAAGACGUUUUACGAGUUUAGGGAUUUAAGUGAGAUCUAGAAGUGGUUUAACCAUGGCCACAGCCAGAACUACAGAGAAUGGGCCGAGUUCGCGUUCCGAGGAGAGCCAAGAAGCGCAAACAAAUGUCAACGCCACAACUGAAUACUGCGCAAAGUUGCAGGAAUGGAUGUGGCAGUACUACUGGGGCUAUGCAAAUUGGCAAAGCUGGAUGACCCUGACUACGUUUCCUUUUCCUCCGUGCAAUUUUCCAGUAGCUGGAAACUAUCAAGCGCCGACUGGAACUCCAUGGCCCGCUGGACAACCAACUUUAGAUGCCCGAUAUGGGUACAACUAUCCGGGAAUAGGGUACCCCUUUCCAUUCCCUGCGCCCCCGACUACGGGUUUUCAGACAGGGCAGCAGAUGACAGCUGGUACACUGCCUCAUGAUGCAAGGCCAGUGCAACAACAGAACGGAAACGCACCUCAAGCAGGUCGGGAAUACACCAUCCCUUCUCCCCUCCACAGAUUCCUAGCAGAGACGGUGGACUUCUUUAUUUUAUUUUGCGUCAAAGCAACCAUCAUCCUGUGGAUUAUGCACCUUAGUGGCAUGAAGGACAUCACUAAGUUCGUCACCCACUUCAUAGUUGAGGAGAUAGAUGAGAACACGUCUAUGGAGGACCUGCAGAAGAUGAUGGCAGUAGCUCUGGUCUACAGGGUACUGGUCUGUUUCUAUGAGAUCAUCUGUAUCUGGGGUGCGGGUGGUGCCACCCCAGGGAAGUUCCUCCUUGGUCUUCGGGUCGUGACAUGUAACAGUUCAGUCCUGGUCCGACCUAACCGGGUACUGGUGGUACCGGCAUCUAACGUCACCCUGUCAGCUUCCACGGUGCGGGCGUUGAACAAGAACUUCUCCAUUGCCUUCCUGUUCCCCGUCUUCAUUAUCCUCCUCUUCUUCCAACACAACAGGACUGUCUAUGACGUUGUGGCUGGAACCAUCGUGGUGCAGCGCAGAGGGGCCAGAUAAAAUACCCUGUAGUUGAUCUGAACAGGGUCCUGUUCAGUAGGGAACACCGUAGCAUAACACUUUGGAACAGAAAAUGUAAAUCUGUGUUCUUAUUGGACAUGUUCAGGUACCUUCCUGUUUCAUUAAGUAUGAAAACGUUUCUCUCUAUUGAACACAACCCAGACCGUGGGCUUCUAGAACUGAACAGAAGGCCUGUAAUACAGAACUAGGCCUACAGUCUAUCCAUGGAUACAUGCGGCUCAGACUGAAACCCACUCAGGACAGAUUGGAGUUUGGUACAACGUUAUAAACAAGUCUCAUGGGGAGGCCUCAGAACAUCAUGGUUGUUUUAUCUUCUUCAUUCAUAAAGUGUGGUUACUAAACCAUUCCCUAGUUACUACAGAGCUAGACAAGCUGAAUAUUUCAAUGGAAUGUUAGAGAAGUUGUAUGUGAUGUUUAUAUGCAGUUGUAGACUGACUCGUAUAUGGAUAAGGGCUUUUUCCAGGUCAAGAUGAAAGGUGAAAUGUGACGGGGUUGUUUGCACAGUGGCCAUUCCGCAUUGUCUAAAUGGAACUAAAAACUGUUACUUGGGUCUUUUUUUACUGAACUCCUCUGAAUUUUGCCUUGAGGCUGUCUGUCUUUCUGGGCCACAUUUUCAGCAGCAGGUUUGCAUUCUACUGUCUAGUUCUUUUUUCACCAGAGCCAGUCUCAGACAGUUGUCAUUCUGACCCAAAUCACAGAUCAGAAUCUGGACGUUCCAGACUUUUCCUCACAAAUAGGAGGUUGGCUGGUUGUGUCUGCAUAGAUUUGUGUGUGUGUGUGUGUGUGUGUUGGAAUGCACACCUCUGCUAUGUCUGGACUCACAAACCAUGACUCAGGGUAUUCUAUUUGACAAUUCAUCCCUUACACAGGCUAACCUUAAAUGCAUGAGUGUAAAUUACCACCCUGAAGUCAGUUUACAAUGUAAUUCUUUACACUACUGUACACACUACACUUUAUGUACAUCUCUCAGACAGCAUGCCCACACUGUACAUGUUAUAGUUCAGCAUAUGGAUACAGGUCCAGGACUUCUAUUUUGAUAUAGUAAAUGUAUCAUGGGUCUAUUAA